CAGUAAAACAAAAAAAUUACCCUUUACUUUAGGAUUAGCGGCCAUGGAGUUCUUCCUUUCAUUCAUGACUGCUGCGGUGGCCAUAUUUGCCUUUCUUCUUUUUCUUUAUUAUGCUGUGCGCAUGGUAAGCAGUGGACAAAGAGACAGCACUGGUAAGGGAAGAGAAGCACCGGAAGCUGCCGGUGCAUGGCCUUUGAUGGGCCACCUCCAUUUGUUGGGAGGACCCGAACUGCCAUACAAGAUACUAGGAGCCAUGGCCGACAAGUACGGACCGGUCUUCACUAUCCGGCUAGGAGUUCACCGAGCCCUGGUGGUGAGUAAUUCGGAGAUGGUAAAGGAGUGCUUCACCACCAAUGACAAAGCCUUCUCCAAUCGCCCAAAAAGCAUAGCAGUGGAGCACAUGUGCUACAACUAUGCCAUGUUCGGCUUUAGCCCUUACGGUCCAUACUGGCGCGAAAUGCACAAGAUUACCACCCUUGAGCUUCUCUCCAACCACCGCCUCGCCACGUUCAACCACAUCCGUGAAUCUGAGGUGAAGGCAUCGAUUAAAAACAUUUAUGAGCAAUGGGUGAAGAAAAACAACAGCACAAGUGCUUCAAAUUAUAAGGUACCGGUGGUGGUGGAGAUGAAGAGAUGGUUUGGGGACAUAAACUUAAACUUGAUUUUUAGGAUUGUUGCGGGGAAGCGGUUUGUGGAGGGAGACACGGCGGAGGGUGAGAGGUGCCGGAAGUCGUUAAGGGAUUUUUUCGAGCUGAUGGGGGUGUUUACGGUGGCAGAUACGGUUCCAUUCUUGAGGUGGUUGGAUUUGGGGGGUUAUGAGAAGGCCAUGAAGAAGACAGCCAAGGAACUAGACUGUGUGCUUCAAGGGUGGUUGGAGGAACACAAGCAUAAAAGAAUUUCCGGCGAGGCCAAGGCUGAGCAAGACUUCAUGGACGUGUUGCUGUCCGUUCUCGAUGAUGGUGUCACCCAGGAGGGCCCCAAAUUUGAUGCUGAUACAAUCAACAAAGCUACUUGUCUGAGUCUUACUUUAGGGGCCACUGAUACCACAACAGUUACUCUUACAUGGGCUCUAGCUUUGCUUCUCAACAAUCGACAAGUACUAAAGAGGGCUCAAGAUGAGUUACAAACCCAUGUUGGCAACCAUAGGCAAGUGAAGGAAUCAGACAUGAAGGAAUUGCCUUACCUACAAGCCAUAGUCAAGGAAACACUACGUUUAUACCCACCUGCACAACUCUUACCACCACGAGAGGCUGUGGAAGACUGCUGUGUGGGCGGAUAUCAUGUCCCCACCGGCACUCGCCUUUUUCUAAAUGUUUGGAAGAUCCAUCGCAAUCCUCAAGUAUGGACAGACCCCUUAGAGUUUCAACCAGAAAGAUUUCUCACAAUUAACAUGGACGUCGAUGUGAGAGGCCAACAUUUUGAGUUGAUUCCAUUUGGAAGUGGUAGAAGAGCAUGCCCUGGAAUCUCUUUUGCACUUCAAGUUGUGCAAUUUUCGCUUGCUAGUCUACUACAUUCGUUUGAGUUUGCAACUCCAUCUUAUGAGGUUGUUGAUAUGACCGAGAGUAAUGGGUUCACCACUAUCAAAGCAACACCAUUACAAGUCUUACUCAUUCCGCGUUUGCCUGCUGAAAUUUAUGGAUGAUGCCUUAGCAUGAUAGGUAUACUCAUAUGUUUGGAUGUUAAUAACAUGGAAAUGUUGUAACUCUAAGAUAUGUUAAUUGCUACGA